CGGACUUACAGGCAAAAUGAAAUCUAACUUUAAGGUGCCUUGGCAAUUAGCAUGUGGAUAUCUGUUAUUCUGGAUUAUACUGUUCUUCGCUGUUGUAAUUCCUCUGUUCUAUCGCUUACCCACGGCACUCACAAUGGAGGACGCUGAGAAAAAUGAGUUCGUUGCUGAACGUGCUUACAAGAACCUUUAUACUCUGUCAAAUAUUGGCAACAAAAUAGUUGGAAGUAAAGAAAAUGAAAUUGAGGCUGUCGAGUUCCUGCUGAAAGAACUCAAUCAAGUGAAAGAAGAAUCACUGAAAGAACUAUUCGAUAUAGAAAUUUACCUAUCACGAAUCUCAGGCGUAUUUGAGAGAAACAGUGCUAUAUCUGCAUAUCAAGGACUUCAAAAUAUUGCCGUUAAGCUCACCCCCAAGAGCAGCACGAGCAAAUCCUAUCUUCUAGUUAAUAGUCACUUCGAUACUCUGCCAGGUGCUGGUGCGGGCGAUGCUGGAUUUAUGAUCGUCACAAUGUUGGAAGUUUUCCGUGUUUUGGCAAACACAAAUCAAUCCUUUGAGCAUCCUAUCGUCUUUCUGUUCAACGGAGCUGAGGAGACCGGUCUGCAAGCCUCACAUGCAUUCAUAACCCAACACAAAUGGGCGCCAUUCUGCAAAGCUGUAGUUAAUCUUGAUGCUGCUGGCAGUGGAGGUCGCGAAAUUCUCUUUCAGAGUGGGCCCAACCACCCAUGGCUAAUGGCUUACUAUAAAAAGUAUAUAAAGCACCCACUUGCUACGACUUUGGCUGAGGAAAUCUUCCAGUUAGGACUCAUUCCAUCUGAUACUGACUUUCGACAGUUCAGAACAUUUGGCAACAUUCCAGGUUUGGACAUGGCUCAGUGUAUUAAUGGAUUUGUGUACCAUACCAAGUACGAUCUUAUCGAUGUGAUUCCCCGCGAAUCCCUUCAAAAUACUGGCGAUAACCUUCUCAGUUUGGUCAGAGGUUUGGCCAAUGCAGCCGAAUUACACAAUACCGAGGCAUACAACACUGGUCACACUGUGUUCUUCGACUUCCUUGGCCUGUACUUUAUCCAUUACACGGAGACCACAGGAAUAUUCCUAAACAUUGGUGUUGCGGCAGCUGUCUUUAUACUUAUUUAUAUUUCACUGUGGCGCAUGGCAGCCGUGUCUCAAGUUUCCUUGGGCCACGUGGCAUGCUGGUUCACAUUGGUGCUUAUCAUUCAGGUUAUUUCCUUUGUACUCGGACUGGCUUUUCCCGUAAUUGUCGCAUAUGUAAUGGAUAACUUAGGGUUAUCAUUAACAUACUACAGUACGCCGAUGCUGGUGAUCGGGUUAUAUGUAUGCCCCUCACUAAUUGGCCUCAGUUUGCCCAUCACAAUCUUCUAUGCUCUACAGGGGAAUAAAAGUAUUUCUACAGGCUAUCAGGUGCAACUGGCCCUGCAUAGCCAGGCCCUUAUCCUGGCUCUUCUAGUCGUUGGCCUCACAGCAUUUGGAUUGCGUUCAACAUAUAUUUUUACAAUUCCUCUAGUUUUCUAUGUGAUACCCUUGGCUGUUAACUUAUUGACUACCUUGCAUGAUCGAGGCUAUGCUUGGGUGGCUCUGCAUAAACUGAGCCAAAUAAUUCCCUUCCUGUAUAGCAGCUACCUCUUUUAUAUAUUCAUUGUGGUAAUGACACCAAUGGGGGGACGUGCAGGCAGUGGUUCCAAUCGGGACUUGUUUAUUGCUGUCUUGGCAGCAGCAGGAGCAAUUCUUUCAUGUGGUUUAUUGAUCCCGCUUAUCAACACCUUCCGUCGACCUAGUUGCGUGGUAUUCUCUCUUGUGGUAAUCACCGCGCUUUCCAUGUACUUGGCCAGCAGCACAAAAAUCGGUUUCCCGUAUCGGCCAAAGACCAAUGUUCAGCGUUUAGAGUACCUUCAAGUUCGCAACGUGUUCUACGAAUAUGACGGAACUCUCAGUAAAGACGAAUCUGGAUAUCUUUUCAAUUUCGCGGAUCGACUUGUAGAAAAGCCACUCCUAGGAACGAGCGUUAAUCUGACGGGCUUGGUCAGCAUUACAUCGAGGUGCAAUGCCCACAUGUUUUGCGGAAUGCCUUUGUACGACUUACGCUUCGUGCGGAAUCAAAUAUACAACAAAUGGUUGCCGCGGUCUGAACCCAUAAUAAUGCCAAAUAUAACGAAACUAGAAGUUCUCCGUAAAGUUGUGGUGAACUCAACAACGGUACGCAUUCAGUUCAUUCUGUCAGGGCCCCCCACUAUGAGGCUUUUCAUUCAGCCCUAUGAAGAUGUAACCAUCAGCAAUUGGUCAUUCGUACACAGUUUCCUUGAAAAGAGUCCUCCAUACCUAAUAUUCCUUAACUACGGCAUCGAUAGCACAUCAUACAGCUUUUACUUGGAGUGCUCGAAAGCAAAUGGCGGUUUCAACGUUCCACUGCUCCAGCUCGGAGUUUCGGGCCAUUUCAUCGGAGAUACGAGCGAUAAACUAAAUACGAAGUUUGCAUCGACAUUCCCGUCGUUUACUGCAGUGGACACUUGGCCAGCAAUAUAUCAACGAUAUAUAUUUUAGCUUUAAUUCGCGAUUCAGUUAACUUUGAUAAUGUAAUU